AGUAAGAAAAUCGGAGCAGUGCAGUAAGGUGUUUCGUGCGAGCUUACAAAUUUAUUAUGAUGGUGAGUUACAAGGACAUUUUAUGUGUCUUUAUAGUGUGUUUGCUCACAGAAUAUUGUUCAAGUGGAAAAGUAAACAAAAAACAUGUUCAAGAAAAUCCAAUAGUAACCGUGACAGAAGGCAAACUUAGAGGCGCCGUGGGUACAUUAUUAGAUGGAUCUAAAUACUAUAGUUUCAAAGGCAUCCCGUAUGCACAGGCGCCUCUUGGCAAUCUAAGGUUUCAGGCACCGCUACCAACAAAACCAUGGAAUGGCGUUCGCGACGCAAUCGAACAUGGUCCUGUUUGUACUCAAUACGAUUUAAGUAUAUCAAAACUGAUUGAAGGCAGCGAGGAGUGUCUCUUUGUAAAUGUCUACACAAAAUCUUUAAGUCGUCACGCUAAAAUUCCAGUCAUGGUGUUCAUCCACGGUGGCAGUUACAGUUACAACUCCGGCGACUCGGAAACCUUCAGCCCGGACUUACUGUUGCGACACGAUGUCAUAUUAGUAACUUUGAACUACCGCUUGGAACUCCUGGGAUACCUAUGCCUCGAUACACCCGAGGUUCCAGGCAAUGCCGGCAUGAAGGACCAAUCUGCCGCAUUGAGAUGGGUUAAAAACAACAUAGCUCGAUUUGGCGGUGACCCCGAUAACAUCACUAUAUUUGGAGAAAGUUCAGGAGCUAGCUCUGUUACGUCUCAUAUGUUAUCGCCUAUGUCCAAGGGGUUGUUUCACAAAGUGAUUGUUCAAAGCGGCACAUGCAUACACGACUGGGCGAUCGACAGGAACGCUAAAGAGCGGGCUUUUCGAGCGGGAAAACUCUUAGGUAAAGAAACAAACGACACUAAUGAGCUGUUGGAGUUCCUGCGUAGUUUAAAGCCAACCCUAUUAACGAACCUUGCACAAAAAACAAUGACGUAUGACGAAACAUACCGAGGACUACCUGAGUAUUUUAUCCCGGUCAUUGAAAAGAAAUUUCAUGGAGUAGAGGCUUUUAUGGACGAGGAACCAAUCGAUUUGCUAAUAAACGGUAAAGUGGCCAAGGUACCGCUUAUGAUUGGCUACAAUUCUGCCGAAGAUUUAGUAUUGAUAAAUUAUCUCACAGAAAAACUGGACGUUUACAAUAAGCAUCCAUCCUAUUUCGUCACAAAAGAACUAGCAGCGAAUAUAGGGAGCGAGAAACUGAAAGAGUUUGGUGACAGAGUGAAACAGUUUUACGUAGGUGGCAGAAAUUUAACUAAAGAUGAUCCCGAGAUAAUUGAAAAAAUUGGUAGUGACAUCCAUUUCUUCUACAACACGCACAGGUUCGCGAAUCUGUACAGCGCUUCUUGCCAGCCGAUCUAUAUGUACCGGUUUAAUUACGACACAGAUUUAAACAUUGUUAAGAACGAUACAGGAUUUACCUACUUGAAAGGAGCGAGCCAUGCCGACGACCUUUUCUAUAUGUUUUAUAACUUUUUGAACAAGAAACCGUACGAUGAACAACCAAAAUUAAGAGAAUUGACGCUCAAAGUAACAACGCUUUGGACUAAUUUCGCUAAAACUGGUAACCCCACACCAAACCAUUGCACGGAUGUUGAAUGGCUCCCAUACACUGCAACUGGAAAGGAGUACUUGAAGCUAGAAGAGAACAUGGCGAUGGCAAAAUUUGCAGAUAAGGAUCGUGUGAAGUUUUGGAACGAGUUGUACAAAGAGGCCGGUGUUGCUUACAUUAAAUAAUAUUUUUAAAUUCGAUGUUACAUGAAAAAAAAUUGUAAUUAAUAAUAUUUAAGGAAUAUUUUUGUCGCCUCUUCGAAAAAAAGAGAGAAAUAAAUUGUCUCUCUCUAUUUCUUUUUUAAUACUUUAUUUCCUCAUUAUUGUGUAGCACAGUCCUCUGUUGGUCUAACGCCCCUCUGAUAGUUAGGCUGACAGGUGGAUUGGUGAUUGCAGUACUGGUACGUCUCUCCUCUUUGGUGCUACUCCAUCGGUAAUCUACAUAUUUUAUAUCCAUUAAGAGACUAGACGAUUAUAUUGCGAUCAAUCAGAAGUCACAAGAUAUCAUCAUUACAGCCUAUCAAAUUGCUGCAUAUGGCAUGCACAUGCCAUAGUUGCUACGCUUGGCAAGCGGUUAUUUUUAUUUAGGUGUUAUCAGGAAGAUGCUUUAGCCCAUGUCCCGGUUGAGCUUCCCUUUGUAGCCUCUUACGACACCCACCUGAUGAUAUGUGGUAGUGGAUAUUCUUACACCGCCACUACACUGUUUAAUUUUAUUUUUAUCUACAUAGAUUGUGUAGAUACGUCAUUAGGACGUCUGAACAUCUGCUAUGACCAAAAGUGGAAGGAAUUCGAAAUGUUGAAGAUAUAUAUUUAAAAAAAAAAUAGGGCAACUCUUUAAUAAUUUUAUUUACAAAUAAAAAUUAUAUAACUUUAUAACGAUUAAAAAUUAACAACCAUUACAAAAAUUGUGUUAAAUUAUUCUUAAAUAAACAACAUACCUUGCGUUGUACAUUAAAUAUAUAAAACUAUAAUUAGUUUUUAUUUAUUUUAGAAUUAUAUCACAUUUUAGAUUGUAAUUGACUUGUAGCCCGCCUAAUUUUUAUUUUUAUUUUUUAAGAUUUAAAUCAUUAGGAUCAGAAGAAAAAAUAGUUCAAAGAAUAUUGACUUAAUUUGAGCUUUCCCUUACAUACAAAUAGUAACUGCUCUUUGUUCUUUAAUUAGUAUUGUUAUCGUUAUAUAUCUCGAUCUUUCGAUUUGAUUGAUUGAAUGAUCUUCACACAUUCAUUUUUGCAAUAUGACCAUCACGUGGACUGCGUGCUCCUUGCACACUGUCCACCUAAAGGUUAGCGGAUAUUGCGGCCCAUAGACAUCUACAUCUAGCUUCGAUUAAAAAUCAAAAUGCAGAUACGAUAUCACCCCAGAGGACUAAGAUGGAAAUUCUCAUAUCCAUUAAACAGGGUCUCCGGUUCUUUACACUUUGUCAUCUGCAUUUUGAUUCUUGAUCGAGGAUAGACGUGGAUGUCUCUGGGCCACAGUAUCCCAUCAAGUGGACUGUGUGCUUAUUUGUCACCCUUAUUCAAUAAAAAAACGAACUUAUUUGUAGAUAACAAAGCUGAUUACAU